AUGAGUCUUCUAAGCUGGAACCCCCGGGGUAUGGGUCUGCCUCGGACGGUUCAAGAACUGGUGCAACUUGUUCGCACUUACAGACCCAAGAUUGUGUUCAUCAGCGAGACAAGACAACGUGAGAUGAAAAUAAAAGAUAUUAGAUGGAGGCUUGGCCUCAAAAACUGCAGAACGCAGAAUGACACCGGCAAAGGCGCUGACAUUGCAUUGUACUGGGAUGAACAUGUUGAAAUAAAAGUCUUGUCUGAGGAUCCGAGGUAUUUCAAUGUGUUAAUUAGAGAAGGCCCCAAUGGCCAAUGGUGGCGGGGCACUUUUGUGUAUGGUGAGCCUAAGGCCUCGGAAAGGCACCAUAUGUGGAGAACCCUGAGGAGAAUCGCGCCCAAUGCCUCUGAGCCUUGGGUAAUGAUAGGUGACUUCAACGAGACUAUGUGGCAACACGAGCAUUUCUCAGAAACUAAGAGGUCAGAGAAAAGGAUGGCUGAGUUCAGAAAGACACUUUCCUUCUGCAACCUUCAUGAUUUGGGUUAUUGCGGUCCCCCGUGGACCUUCGAUAAUAAGCAGAAGGAGAGACGAAAUGUCAGGGCUCGCCUUGACAGGGCUGUGGCGUCUGAUAGUUGGAUGAGCAGGUUCCCUGAUGCCAAAGUAACAAACAUUGUCUCUACUCAUUUAGACCACCUGCCGAUUUUGCUGGAGAUUGAGAAGCAACCAAAAUCCACCAGGCAGCAUGAAUUGCCUAGGUACGAGCACACGUGGGAGCGCGAGCCGUCCCUGCCUGCCGCCAUUGAAGAGGCCUGGACGGGCAGCCCACCUUGCUCUUCAUUAGGUGAUCUCAUGUCCAAGUUAAAGAAUACACGCAACCACCUCAAAGAGUGGAGCGAGCAAAACUUUGGUAACGUAGCAAAGAGCAUAAAAAACCUAAGAAAGAAAAUAAGCUCCCUGUGGAAAAGGCCAAUCUCUGAAGCGCGGGAUUUUGCUGUCAGCGUUUGCAGCAAAGAGUUAGAGGAAUUAUUGCAUAGAGAAGAGAUGAUGUGGAGGCAGCGCUCGAGAAUCAAUUGGCUAAACGAAGGAGACAGGAACACAAAAUACUUCCACAAGAAGGCGUCAUGGAGAUAG